AUGGAGGUGUCAUACUGGGAUAACCUGAAUGCAUUCCUUGCCAAGGCUCUGCGUGAACCGACAAGGCAACUGGAACAAGAACUAUACUACAAGCUUGAAGAUGCAAAACCCCGCUUCCUGGCGCUAUUGGAUGUGCCACCACGGAACUCGGGGGAAGAGGCAGAACUCAAGAGUGGCAAAGCAACGAUCAGCGGUGUACAAAAAACAUACAAUAAUGACUUUGUUCAAGUCGCUCUCUUUCUCGCUCAGCAACUCGACUGCUCCGAGCGCCAUGUCGCUGGCAUACUAGACCAUGUCUUAUCUGAUGAUCCCGUGGAGAGUGCGUUACGAGCUGUCCAGCAGUUCUACGAGAGCAGACAGAAUGUUCUCUCUACUCUUCAGCUCAUACUCGACAGCGCCAUGGGCAUGAACAUGGUUGAGCCCACUAUACGCACGAGACUCGUCGACUAUGUCAUUGGCCUAGCCUCGACUGGAACAUUGGCCGAGAAGAUUCUCAAGCAGAUCGACACGAGUGGUGCUCUCAUGCAGCGCCAGAUGGCCAACCAGCGGAAUGCGGGAUCUACAACUGCCAUUGGUAUGUUGGCUAUUGUCAUUUCGACCCGUGCUAAUGUGUUUGCAGGAACCGGCUUUUCGGCUGAUCUCUAUGCCCAAGUCGUCUCGGCUCUCCAAUCCGAACGGCAGCAACUGGGUAAUUUGCUGUUUGUGCUUGCAGGCUCGGGCGAACUGCGAGGCUCAGAAGUCGCCAAGAUGGUUUCGUGGAUAUCCACUGUCUCACCAGAUGAACCUAUCAUGGUCUAUGUUCUCGCCGCGUGCCUCGCCGCUUUCGAUGCUUCCUCACAGGUCGCUUCGGAAACUUCGUUCGUCAAUCUCAUCAAAACCGAACUCGCCAAACCCACAUGGAAGAUCCCCGAAACAAAAGCAGUCCUGACUAUCAAGUGGUGUCUCUUUCUCAUCGAAGCCUCCAAUGGCGACGGACGCACUACCGACGCAUACUCGGAAUCCGAUAUCGAAAAACUUGUUACCGACUCGGUCCGUGCCGACGCCUUCCGCUACUUAUCUGUGCUCCUCCACUCCUCGAGACCCCUGGACGCUGUGUCUCAAGAUACGCUCGAGCUUGAAUACGACCCUCUCCCUACUCCUACACCCGUCGAUGGCCUUUUCUACAAAUACUUGUUGAAGCAGGUCGAAAUAUUUUUGAUCGCAUUUGUCACCAGUCUCUCUCCAGUCCUCCGAAGAAUGCGCCACGCAGAUGAAGAUACCAGCUCUCUCGCCGCAUCUCGCUCCCAAGCCCCCCAAGCCAGCCCACAUCCGUCACGCCUGGCCGACUUUUUCGUUCUCAUAGCUCUUGUUUAUUCUGAUCAAUCUCCGGACGAGGGUCUCAAGUGGUGGGAUGACCGGCUGUACUCUUUCCUUCGAUGGAGUGCCGAAGCCCGUGUCCCCUCAUUGCUUAAACCACUAUACAACAUGUUUGGCUCUCUGGCACGCGGACAGAGCUGCGCAACCUAUGCCUACAACUUUUUGUCUACCAACGGCGGACAGCGGGCUGGAACUACGGGCUGGUGCUCCUGGGCUGGUCUGUUUGGAUCUCUCGACUGGUUGCUCACGUCUGUUCCAGACCAACGAACUGUGGACUCGGCGCUCGGAGGACGAGAACGCCAACCUCUGCCCGUUGAUCCUGAGGAAAUUCGCUCGAUCAUGGCCUUUCUCAGGGUACUCAGAGUCGUAGCUCGAUAUUCGACAGCAGCUCGAGCGGCCCUUCUCGAAAACACACAAUACAGGGCCGUGGCGGUCAUGCUCGACCUCGUCCGUUCUCCCGUCGCCUUGGAACUCAAGGGCAAACUGUUCGACACUUUGGCAGCCUUUUGCGAUGGGCCAGAACUGGGAGGUGAAGUCGCCCGAUUGAUGUGGGUCAGCCUGGAGCGAUACGAAGUGUUGCCUGUGCGGUCCACAACCACGAUGACGACCGGCGGGUGGAAGAAGAGUCGAGGUGUCCCUGCUGAACUGGAAGAAAUCGAGGCCCCCGCGCGGACAUACCCCGCCACACUAUCCUUCCUCCAUCUCCUCAAUGCGCUAGUCCCCUUCCCACCCGACAACCUCGGCUCGGGCCACCGUGUGGUCGGAACUGGCCCGUACGUCAAGUUUGUGGUCGAGGACGUGCUGCUCAAGAUCGACGCUCGUGAAUACGCAGAUCCGAGCGAGCGAUGGAAGGUCACCGAUGCCGCCCUCGAGUUUGUUCAACGCAGCUUGGACGGGUUUGAUUUGGCUACGUUGGCCAUUGGGGGUCAGGACGCUGUUCAAAAAUUAGUGCAACACCCUGGGUUUGGCGUCUUGCUCCGUGUACUUGUCGACUCCGCAACCCGAGACGUCUUGUUUGGUAUACUCGCUCUAUCCGAAUCGAACCAGGACCCGUACUUCGUUUCGUCCCUCGUGAGGACGUUGAGGAUCAUCUCUCGCACGCUGGAGAUUCAAGACUUGUUUAUUGAUUUGCUCAUACCCUCUGCUCGUGCACUUUCGCUGGAUGUGGAUAUCCCCGCGGUCGUCUCGACUGCCGACCAAAUACUCCUGUGGCGCCCCGAAAGCGUCGUUCAUAUUGCCGGACUGGUCAACUACCGCCUAUCACGCGAGGUCGUCCUUCUCUCUGUCAAACUCACGACCAAGCUCUCCCAGUCAACCUACUUCAACUCGAUGGAAACCAGUGCGCUGUUCCCGCACCGCGUGAGCCGGUUGUUGGGUAUCCUCGGAGACGCGCCCACCGACGGAUACGUGCGCGGGCUCAGGCUCGAGCCGGGCGAAGAGCAGCAGUCGGUGGAGGACCAAGUGCGGGAUGCGAUAAUCGAUUUCUUGCUGGUGAAUACGCUCCCCACGUCCCCCUCACCCAACUUUGCGCAUCUCCUGCUUGGCUUCGACGUCAGUCACUCAACUACGGGCGGUGCGAUGCCGAUUCAUGAUUCACGUGCGAUCGGAGCAAGGGAGACUUGUCUCGGUGUAGUGCUCGAUAUGGUCGGCGAAGGGAUUCCACGACUCGAUCGAAAAAAGACCAGAGCGGGGAAAACGGUGCAAGACCCGCUAUUCGAGCGGCACCCCGUGUUUGCUGAAAAGUGCUACCGGCUCAUCCACCAACUGUGCACCCACUCGCUCACGUUCGGGACCACGAUCCGCUACCUCCGGACCCACGAAGACUUUUUCGCGCGUCAGCUGAGCGUCGUCUCGAUGCGCCCACCGAGCGGGGACGAACCCGACGGCACGAUCCGACUAGUCGACAACUCGUCGUCGCGACGAGCUGCUUAG